AAGAGGUGAUUGCCUCAUCCGGGUCCUUUGCGUUCUCUCUCCCUCUCCCAACAUGGUGGCCUCAGCAAAAAAGAAGAAUAAGAAGGGGAAGACUAUCUCCCUAACAGACUUUCUGGCUGAGGAUGGAGGGACUGGUGGAGGAAGCACCUAUGUCCCCAAACCAGUCAGCUGGGCUGAUGAAACAGACGACCUGGAAGGAGAUGUUUCAACUACUUGGCACAGUAAUGAUGAUGAUGUGUAUAGGGCACCUCCAAUUGACCGUUCCAUCCUGCCCACUGCUCCACGGGCUGCUCGGGAACCCAAUAUUGACAGGAGCCGUCUUCCCAAAUCACCACCCUACACUGCUUUCCUAGGGAACCUGCCCUAUGAUGUGACAGAAGACUCCAUUAAGGAAUUCUUUAGAGGAUUAAAUAUCAGUGCAGUGCGUUUACCACGUGAACCCAGCAAUCCAGAGAGGUUGAAAGGAUUUGGUUAUGCUGAGUUUGAGGACCUCGAUUCUUUGUUCAAUGCCCUGAGCCUCAAUGAAGAGUCUCUAGGUAACAGGAGAAUUCGAGUGGACGUUGCUGAUCAAGCACAGGAUAAAGACAGGGAUGAUCAUUCUUUUGGCCGAGAUAGAAAUUGGGAUUCUGACAAAACAGAUACAGACUGGAGGGCCCGUCCUGCCACAGACAGCUUUGAUGACUACCCGCCUAGAAGAGGUGAUGAUAGCUUUGGAGACAAGUAUCGAGAUCGAGAUCGAGAUCGUUAUGAUUCAGACCGAUACCGUGAUGGGUAUCGGGACAGUUACCGUGAUGGUCCACGCCGGGAUAUGGAUCGAUAUGGGGGCCGUGAUCGCUAUGAUGACAGAGGCAGCAGAGACUAUGAUAGAGGAGGGUAUGAUUCCAGGAUAGGCAGUGGCAGAAGAGCAUUUGGGAGCGGGUACCGGAGGGAUGAUGACUACAGAGGAGGCGGGGACCGCUAUGAAGACAGAUACGAAAGACGUGACGAUCGGUCAUGGAGCUCCAGAGAUGAUUACUCUCGGGAUGAUUAUAGGCGUGAUGACAGAGGUCCCCCCAAAAGACCCAAACUGAAUCUAAAGCCUCGGAGCACUCCUAAGGAAGAUGAUUCCUCUGCUAGCACCUCCCAGUCCAGUCGAGCAGCCUCAAUAUUUGGAGGGGCAAAGCCUGUUGACACAGCUUCUAGAGAACGAGAAGUAGAGGAGCGGCUACAGAAGGAACAGGAGAAACUGCAGCGUCAGCUGGAUGAGCCAAAACUAGAGCGACGGCCUCGGGAGAGACACCCAAGCUGGCGAAGUGAAGAAACUCAGGAACGGGAACGGUCAAGGACAGGAAGUGAGUCAUCACAGAGUGGGACCUCAACCACCUCUGGCAGAAAUGCACGAAGGAGAGAGAGUGAGAAGUCUCUAGAAAAUGAAACACUCAGUAAGGAGGAAGACUGUCACUCUCCAACUUCUAAGCCUCCCAAACCUGAACAGCCUCUAAAGGUAAUGCCAGCCCCUCCACCAAAGGAGAAUGCUUGGGUGAAGCGAAGUUCUAACCCUCCUGCUCGAUCUCAGAGCUCAGACACAGAGCAGCAAUCCCCUACAAGUGGUGGCGGGAAAGCCGUUCCAGCGCAGCCAUCAGAGGAAGGACCAGCAAGGAAAGCAGAUGAAAAUAAAGUGGAUGGGGUGAGUGUUCCAAAAGGCCAAAGUGGGCACUCCAGCUGUGGGCCAGGAGAUGGAGGGAACAAAGACCACUGGAAGGAGUCAGAUAGGAAAGAUGGCAAAAAGGAUCAAGACUCCCGGUCUGCACCUGAGCCAAAGAAACCUAAAGAAAAUCCAGCUUCCAAGUUCAGUUCUGCAAGCAAGUAUGCUGCUCUCUCCGUUGAUGGUGAAGAUGAAAACGAGGGAGAAGAUUACACCGAAUAGACCUCUACGUCCUGUGCUUUCUCCUAGUCUCUCUCCACCCCGGAACAUUUGAGAGCAAAUCAAACCUCUAUCCAGACAAGACAAAAUAAAACUCACCAUCUCCUGGAGACCUUUCUUAACUUUUUUU